GCGUCAGUACAUGCGGUCUCGCCGCGGCGUGCGGAUUGUUCCUUCACGGAGGAGUAUUCCUCGUCUACCCUGACAACCUCUCCUUCACUCUCGUUAACUUAUUCCGCGUGCCGCGUUCUCGUAAGCAUCUUCGUCUCCGUAAAAACCGUUUCGCGCUUUUAACACACACGAAUUCCUUCGUCCUCCUCCUUCACUCAGGAGAAUUCAGAUCGAAAGGAUCGAGGAUCAUGCCAGCGGACGCCGAACUCAGCAGCCUGCUCAGCAGACGGCAGAGGAUCAACGACGAACUCGAAGAGGGCAAGGAGGUGAAGAAGCAGUACAAGUUCGUGAACGUUUACACGGAAUUCCAUGAGCUGUCGCGUCGCGAGAUCAAGCAGUACGAGCAGACCUUCAACAGAUUCGAUGAUGGUCACGAUGGCUUUCUCGAUCUCUCUGAACUGAAACGAAUGAUGGAAGUUUUGGGUGCACCGCAGACGCAUCUCGGACUCAAGGCGAUGAUCCAGGAGGUCGACGAGGAUGGCGACGGUCGUAUAUCUUUCCGUGAGUUUCUGCUAAUUUAUCGUAAAGCACGGGCAGGUGAAUUGGAACAGGAUUCCGGAUUGAGCCAGCUGGCCAGACUUACCGAAGUCGAUGUCGACGAGGUCGGUGUUACAGGCGCUAAGAACUUCUUCGAGGCCAAGAUCGAGCAGCUCCGAAAGGCCUCAAAGUUCGAGGACGAGAUUCGCAUGGAACAGGAGGAGCGGAAACGGGAGGAGGAAGAAAAGGCAGCGAGGCGAGAGCAAUUCCGGCAGAAAGCCGCGAUCUUCGGCAAAUAAUUGCGGAGCGAUAAUCACGGGAGAGCGAAAACAGCCGAUUCGCUCGUUAGAAUGCGAAGACGGAUUGUCUUGAGUUGCUGUUUAGAUGUAUUUCCGAUGCUCGAAGCCGACGAAGCGAUAUCCGACGCCAACGAGCGACUCUACAUACCACUUAAGUGCGCUCCGAAGCGACAUGAAAUUGCGAUUCGAUCGCGAUUGUUAGAAUUUGAAGCGAGAAUUGAAACCGCGAUAUAAUUUCUUAUGCUGUUAACGCGCGAAAGAAGAAUUUUACACCAGUCGUUUCCAACUUUGCAAAUAAUUAUUUCUGCUUAUUGACGAUAUCAAAAUUCGGACUCAGCGAAAUGCUAACUCUUUUAAUCCCUAAUUUGAAGACUAUGUGGAAUUUUUGCAAUUUUGUUAUCAAAUAUGCAGUAAACGUUAAAAGUCCCAUCUCCGGAUUUCAAGGCAAUAGCAAAAGCAAUUAAUUUUCUUGGACUAUCAAAAUUUUCAUUUUAUAUUUAUUUAUUGUAAUCCCGAUUUGAACGCUACAUUGCAAUAGCGUUUACUAUACUUGGAAUACACUAUAUACGGAAAGAGUUUUAACACAUGAUCAUAUAUAUGUAAAUUUUAUAUGGAAAAUCGAAUAUUCUGAAAAGGUUGAUAUCUAACACACAUAUCUGUCCUAUAGGGAUAUAUUUUAAAGUUGGAUAGCACGCAAACUAGAUUUUUAUUUGCUGUUUUAAUAGCAAUUUUAAUAUUAAUAUCUUGUUGUAAAAUGUUUAACAAAAGUUGAAGAGCAGAUAAUUAAUUAAUAAUUGUGUAAAAUGUUGUUUAAUAAAUGUUAACGUUCAAGGAUGAAUUCCCACGAGAUUUAAAAGAGUCAAUAUAAUAAGUAGUUGGCCUGUUUUAUAGAUGAUUAUAUCGUACAUAAAAUUUUCAACUUUAAAUCUUAUCGAGUAUAAUGAAUAGACUGAAGACGGAAUUGAUAUAAAAAUCGAUUUUACAUUAUUCAAGAGAGAAUAAUGUAAAGACCUUAGUAACUGCUCGGUCUUCGAUAGCUUAAGGUUUGUCGGCGAUUGUAUCUUAAUUAAUUUUUAUUAUUAAUAACAAUUAUUUUGUAAGAUUUCAUUUUCUCUUCAUUAAAUAAGAAUUCUUUGUCACAUUAAACGACACGAAUGAUACUAUGUACGUAUAAAAUAUAAGAGAAAUAUGCUUGUAGAUAUGUUGUAUAUUCGUGCGGCUGCGUGUGAAUGUAUGCCAAACCACAGAUAUAUGCGUCUUAUUCAUUUAAUUAAAAAAUUGGAUCAUUGAAUGAUUAUUUGCACAAACGUGUAAAAAUUUAACAAGCGACAGAUUCAUUAUUGUUACUACUUUGAUUUGCAUCUUAUACUAUUUGUAUUUCUGACAGAUGGUUUACUAUUAUAGACUUGAACUGAUAAAGAGAUAGCUCUUGUGUAUUCAACCAUCGCGAUAAGUGUGAAACCAGUACAGCUAAGAGAAAACCUUUCGAAUUUUUGGAUUUUAGGCAAAAACUUAAAGUUCAAGAUUAUGAAUGUGUCCACAAUAUUUUAUAAUAUUUAUAACAUUCUUUAAUCGCAAGCUAUUAUUUUAAUCUUCAUCCUUAAUCAUCCGUUUUUUUUAUUUAAAAUAUUUAAGAUAAUAAGUAAUUGUUAAAAAUGUUUAUAAUUGUAUUAAAUGAUUCCUAACUGACCGUGCCUAUCGCAAACAAUACAAUUUCUAUUUCUUUCUCUUUUGACAAUUUAACAGAAUUUUUUAUCGCGCCUUUGCAUUAUAAAAUAUAUUUUCAUUAAGGCAUUACUUUUUUAGAGACACAUUCUGUACAUAAUAGUAUUAAUAAAUCACAAUAACAUCUAUUGUAAAAAGUGUGUAAGCUAUAGAUUGUAAAUAGAUUUAUUUUAUGCUGCGUCAAAUUUUUAUGUAUCUGAUUAGCUGAUUUAUGAUAGCAUUAUAUUAAAAUUAUAGAAACUGUAUCGUGUUAUCAUUGUUAAUAAGUGCUUAGUCAAGAACAUACCCUCGUAUACACAAUUAACUUAAUGACCCGGGAAACAAGAAUUAGAUCUCCCGAAAUAUGACCAUAUCUGGUUCAUUAGAUCUGGCCAGAUCUGAACAGAUAUAAUCAGAUCUGCUGAGAUAUAAUUUGAUCUGGUCAGAUCUAAUCCUUUUUUUCUUUUAUUUCGGGAAAAUCCAAAUAAAAAGAUUUAAAAACUCAUGUAAUA